UCACUUUCGUUCAAUCUCGUUUUACUCUAACACUUUAUCAGCACAAUGAGCAGGACGGCGAAAGUCUGAUGACUGCACGCGCCCUCAGAGUUGCUCUGUGGUGGUUGAUGCGGCCCUCCUUUUGCAUACGUGCAGAUCGGCGGCACUCGAGGCCAUGCCCCUGUCCAGCCGUUCACGGCACAGCGCGCUGCUCCGUAUCGGACGACCUGUUCAUGGCAAGACAGAGUACGAAGAAGAGAACCAGAGACUCGAGUCAAGCACCAUGCAAACUCGCGUACCAAUUUCAUCUAAUCGCUACAAAGAAACAAGGUGCUACUUUUCCAAUUUUCAUCAUGGCUACAGAAAAUUGUUUUACCAGGAACAUAAUCUUGCCUUGACGCUGGACGACGGACAAAGGAAUCCAUGGCAAGUGGAAUCACGUGGCUUCAGUCCCUGCUGGACCAAUUCGCCGGCUCCAGCGGCUUCGUCCCUGCCGCCGGCCGUCGCCUCGACUGGCCGCCGUCCCCGUGCCUGCGCCAGGCAAUGGCCGCGCCCGGCUCGCUCGAGGUCGUGGUUGCAGCCGCCCGCGCUGCACUGCCCGUCCGCCGCCCGUGCGAGGCCAUGGCCGCGCCCGGCCCUCUCAAGGUCGUGGCCGCAGCCGCCUGUGCCGUGGCUGCCCGCUCCUGGCUCCCGGCCCGCUCCAGGCCGUGGCCGCUGAGGCGACAGUUACGGGAUAGCCACACAGGAGGAAGAAAGGGCAUCUUAUCCUUUCAGCCAUUCCUCGAUUUAGUCCUAAAAUUUUAUCUUAAUGCUAAAUGGGUUCAAGUAAGUUCUGAUUCGAUCCUCAGGUUUACGAAUCUUUGCAGUUUAGUUCUACGCUUUACUGUAUUUUUACAAUAGAGUCAUCUGACUCCUUGAACUUUGCAUUUUCAACACAUUUUCUGUUGAGUUUUACAAUUCCAGAAAUAUGUGUAUGCUUAUACUUGACAUGUUCAAUGUGUUUACCACAUUCUCUAGAACAUGUUUUUGGCGAUCGAGAUUAAA